AUGUCAAUUUUAAAAGCUAAUAAAUUAACAAAAAGUUGUAAUAUGAUAAUAUUUACAAGGAAUUUAAAACUAAGAAAUAAAAAUAAUUUAAAAGAUAUAAAAGAUAAAACAGAUCCAUAUUGGAAUGAAUUACAACGAUUUUAUGCUCAGGAAACUGUAACAACAACAAAACGUGGUAUAAAUGUUCUUAGAAAUAAAAAGUUAAAUAAAGGAACAGCUUUUACAUUAUUUGAAAGACAAUAUCUUGGUAUUCAUGGUUUAUUACCAGCAGCAUUUAUGAAUGUUGAUCAACAAGCUUAUCGUUUUAUGAAUGAAUUAAGAAGUUUUUCAACUCCAAUGUUAAAAUAUGAAACAUUAAUGGCACUUUCUGAAAGAAAUGAAAAAUUAUUUUUUAAAGUAUUAUCUAAUAAUAUUAAAGAAUUACUUCCAAUUGUUUAUACACCAACAGUUGGUGAAGCAUGCCUUAAUUUUGGAAAAUAUUUUAAAUCACCAAGAGGUUUAUAUAUAACUAUUAAUGAUAAUUCAAUUAGUAAGAUUAAUCAAAUAUUAAGUAAUUGGCCAGAAAAAGAUAUUAAAGCUAUUGUUGUAACAGAUGGUGAAAGAAUUCUUGGAUUAGGUGAUUUAGGUGCAUAUGGUAUGGGAAUUUCUGUUGGUAAAAUAACUUUAUAUACAGCUUUAGCUGGUAUUACACCAUGUCAAUGUCUUCCUGUUCUUAUUGAUGUUGGAACAGAUAAUGAAACAUUACUUGAAGAUCCAUUAUAUGUUGGAUUAAGAAAAAAAAGAAUACGUGGUGAAGAGUAUGAUAGAUUAUUAGAUAAUUUUAUGAAAGCAUGUGUAAAAAAAUAUGGACAACAUGUUUUGAUACAAUUUGAAGAUUUUGGUAAUAAAAAUGCAUAUCGUUUACUUGAUAAAUAUAAAAAAAAAUAUACUGUUUUUAAUGAUGAUAUUCAAGGAACAGCUUCAAUUGUUUUAGCUGGACUUUUAGCAACAGGAAGAAUAACAAAUAAAAAAUUAUCAGAUCAAAAAUUUUUUUUUUUUGGUGCUGGUGGUGCAGCAGUUGGUAUUGCUGAAAUGUUAGUAUCCCAUAUGGUACAUGAAGGAACACCAUUUCAUAUAGCAUGUGAUAAAAUUUUUAUGUAUGAUAUUGAUGGAUUAAUAACAAAAAACAGGAUACCUCAUUUAAAUAGGAGAUUGAUUCAUUUUGCUAAAAAUUUACCAGAUAGUAAAGAUUUAUAUGAAAAUAUUUGUUUGAUAAAACCAAAUGUUUUAAUUGGAGCAGCAACUGUCAAAGGAGCAUUUACACCACAAAUAAUUAAUAAAAUGAAUGAGAUAAAUGAUAGACCUAUUAUUUUUGCUUUAUCUAAUCCAACUAGUAAAUCUGAAUGUACCAAUGAAGAUGCUAUAAAACUAACUAAUGGUAAAGUAAUUUUUGGUUCUGGUAGUCCAUAUAAUCCUGUUUUAUUUAAUGGAAAAUAUAUAAAAACAUCACAAGCAAAUAAUGCUUAUAUUUUUCCUGGAAUUGCAUUAGCUGCAACACUUUUUAAAAUUAAACAUAUUAAUAAAAAACAUUUUCUUUUAGCAGCAAAAGAAGUUGCUAAUUGUGUAUCAGAGGAAAGACUUGAAUCUGGUUUAAUUUAUCCAUCAAUAGAGGAUGUAAAGGAAAUUUCAAUAAAGAUAGCCUUACGUAUAGGUGAAGCAUGCUAUAAAGAUUCAACAGCAUGCCUUUAUCCUGAACCAUUAGAGAAAGAAUUAUUUAUUCGUUCAAAAAUUUAUUCUCCAGAAUACGAUGAUAUUAUUUAUAGAACAUAUGAUUGGCCAAAGGAAGACACACUAAAAGGUUUUAAAAUUUCAAAAUUAACAAAAUAA